UAAAUUGAAAAAAUUAAGAAAACUGGCAAUAAUUUUUUAUUAUAAAAAUAAUCAAAUUUAAUUUAAUUACAAUUUUUUUUUUUGGGUUUUAAAAAUAUGAUAGAAUUUCUUUAUAAUGUUAAAACAGAAGAAAACAUUUGUUAAAUAUAAUAAAAUGAGAAUGAUUAUUUACAUGAAAAUACUUGUAAGUAUAGAAAAGAAUAAACACUAUAAUCUGAAAUAUCUUCGAAAAUACCACAAAAUUAAUUUAUGGACUAUAUUAAUAAGUUUCCAAGCUAAAUUAAAAAACUGAAAUAUAUGGCAAAAACAAAAUAAAUAAAUCAAUAUGAUAGACUAGGGAAAGUUCCUAUGAUUGAAGUUGUGUCAAACAUUCUUGGUGAACAAGAGGGAAUCAGUCAUUAAGAAAAUUAAUAAAUUUUAAAUUUGCUUUAGAAAAGUAAGCAUAAUUUGUAUAAAAAUAUUUUGUAAGCUUUUAAGAGACAUAUUAUAGAGUGCUAAGAUACUUUCUUGAUGAGCGUAUAUGUAAAUUUAAGUGAAGAUAAGUGGACUUUUGAACAUAUUUAGCAAAGGGUUUCUACAAACUUGGCUAGGAGUGGAAGAUUAAACCUAAAAAUUAAAAAUCUGAGUAAAAACAGAAAUCUACAAAAAAUAUUUAAUUACUUUUUGAAGAACUCUGAUAAGCUAUGGCUUUCAGACUCUAAAAUUUAAAAUAAAGACUAAUACAAAGAACAAAUUAAAUUAAUUGUUAUAGCUUAAGAAAGGUAAAUCCUUCAAAACUUUACUCAGUGCUAUAAAAAGUAAAGGAAAAAUAGCUUGUAAAAAUGA